AUGAAUCCAUACCUCAACUGGGCCAUCCUGCUCGUUAUCGCCGGCGGGUUGGCAUUUUACUACCGUGGCGGAUCGUCCAAGAUCAAGAUGACGUUCCUGCAACCGAGCAGUCUGGAGAAAUUCGACCAUUUCCCGUCGCCUACCAAAAAGGUGAAGCAACGUAAGCCGAAGAAGGCCCCCGAGCCGGCCAGCAAAAGCCCCACCCCAACUCCCCAAACCCAAGCCGCAGCGGCACCUGCCGCCCGUGCCUCUCUCCCGGAGGACAAGGAAGACGCCAACACCCUGGAGUUUGCCAAGCAGCUGUCCAAGAUCAGAGAAGGAAACGCGAUUUCGACCGCGCCGUCCAAGAAGGCCGUUCCGGUCCCCAGGCCGGUCUCUCGGCCAGCAACUGGCAACAGCGAUGCGCCUGCCUCGACCAGUGCCUCCUCGCUGACGGGAGCAGAGGCAGAUGACGACCUGUCGUCCAUUGGAUCUCCGGAGGUCAAGGCCACUGGCGAUGUAUCAGACAUGCUGGAGGCCCCCUUGCCUGGCGCAUCGAUUCUUCGACUGACAGGACCUAUGGAGAGUGAGCAGAAGAAGAAUGCCAACAAGAAAUCAGAUGGGUUCAAGCCUGCGGAGACAAAGAAGCAGCGACAGCAGCGCCUCAAGCGCGAGAAUAAUAAACGCAUGGUCGAAGAGGCGGAAGCCCAGCGACGCGUUCUUCUCGAGAAGCAGCUUCACACGUCCCGCGAGCUGGAGCGCAAGGAAGCCUCCAAGGCCAAACCGCCCACCUCCAACGCGUGGAAGUCUGGUGCCCCGGUCAAUGGAACGCAGAAGCCUGCGAAGGCCGCCGUGCCCCUCCUCGACACGUUCGACCACAGCGACAAGCCCGCAUUGUCGAAAGGCAAAGAAAACAAAGCCACGCCAGCGGCCAAGAGCUGGACUGACGAGCUGCCCUCGGAGGAAGAGCAGAUGCGCAUGCUGAGUGCGAUGAGCAGUGAGAGUGAGUGGAUGACCGUCAGCAAGAAGAAGGACAAGCGCCGAGCAAACAACCCCAGCGCGGCGGCGAGCGACAUCAGCAGCUCAGAGACCCCUGUGGUGAAGUCGGCUGCACCUGCGUUCCCUCCUCCUACUGCUUCUGCUGCCCCGCGCCCUGCCUCUGUGCAGCAGAAGGUCACGGCUGACAUUGGCCAUCCUCUUGACUCUGAAUGGGCGGCUUAG